AUGUGGAUGCUUCCAGGGCAGAACCAAAGCUGGGUUUCUGAAUUUAUCCUGCUUGGCUUCUCCAGUGACCCCACAUCCAACAGGCUCCUCUUCAUUGCCUUCCUUCUCCUCUACCUGAGCUCAGUCCUUGGCAACGGGCUCAUUGUCAUCCUGAUAUGCCUGGACGUGCACCUCCACACUCCCAUGUACUUCUUCCUGUGUAUCCUCUCCUUGCUGGAUGUGGGCAAUGUCUCCACCACCGUGCCCCAGAUGCUGGUGCAUCUUCUCACUCAACCUCAGACCAUCUCCUUUGCUGGCUGUUGGCUGCAAAUGUAUAUGUUUGGUGCCCUGGGCCUGACUGAAUGCAUUUUCUUUGUAGUCAUGGCUUAUGACCGAUAUGUGGCCAUCUGCUACCCUCUACGUUAUACUGUCAUCCUCAGCUGGGACCUGUGCACAUGGCUGGCAGCUGGGACCUGGGCCUGUGGUUUCUUCUUCUCUCUGAUCCAUACAUUUUUCACCAUGAGCCUGCCAUACUGUGGGCCCAACUUGGUCAACCACUACUUCUGUGAAGGUCCCUCAGUACGAAGCUUGGCUUGCAUGGAUACUCACCUCAUUGAGAUGGUGGACCUGGUCAUCAGUGUCUUCAUGGUUGCUGCCCCACUCUCACUCAUUCUGGCCUCCUACAUACGUAUUGCCCAGGCCAUUCUCAAGAUCAAGUCCAUACAGGCCCGCUACAAGGCUCUCUCCACCUGUGCUUCGCACCUGACUGUGGUCACAUUCUUCUAUGCUCCAGGCACCUACAUCUAUAUGAGGCCCAAUUCCAGCUAUUCCCCUGAGCAAGACAAACAGAUAUCACUCUUUUAUAAUGUCUUCACUGCCCUGCUCAAUCCUGUGGUUUAUAGUCUGAGGAACAAGGACAUUAAGGAGGCUUUUCUCAAAGUGAUGGGGAGAGGUAGAGUGGCCUGGUGA